AUGCAGUUGAAAGGUGUAAUGGUCGCUCUUUUGAGCAUGUCUGUCAUUACAGACGCUGCUGUGGUUCAAAAGAGACACCCCCUCGCUCGCGCUCUCCAACGACGACAAUUCGGCGGCGGCGGCGGCUUUGGCGGCGGCAACAACGGCGGCAACAACGGUGGUAACAACGGCGGCAACAAUGGCGGUAACAACGGAGACAACAACGGCGGCAACAAUGGUGGCAACAAUGGCGGCGGUGGCGGCGGCGGUAACACUCUCCAAGGCAACGCCGUUCAGACCGGAUCUCAGCAGGAUGGUAACAACCCUGGCUCCGAUGAGCAAGCGGCCUCGGCAACAGACGACAACAACUUCAUCAACUUCUGUGCCGGCCAAACACUUACCAAUGGAGAGCAGAACCGAGAUGGCUCAUGUAACGGUAUCCCUAUGGGAAAGAUCCCUUCAGCCAACAACAUGGUUUCCUCUGUCUUCACAUCACCUCAAAACGGCGACAACAUCCAAGCCAACCAGGACUUUGACAUCUCCGUGCAGUUCAUCAACUUCGCGCCUGGUUCCUUUACCAACGCUACGAAUACCUACUACUCAGCUCCUCAGGAUCUUGACGGUGGUGGUAACAUUAUCGGCCACACUCACGUCACAGUCCAGGAUACCGGUAAUGACUUGAACCCUACUCAGCCCUUGGACCCUCAGGUCUUUGCCUUCUUCAAGGGUAUCAACGAUGCCGGUAACGGCCAGGGUCUCCUGACUGCCAGUGUUGAAGGUGGUCUGCCUGAUGGAAACUACCGUAUCUGCAGUAUGUCUGCCGCAUCCAACCAUCAGCCUGUCCUCAUGCCUGUUGCUCAGCGAGGAGCUCAGGACGAUUGUAUCCGUAUCACUGUCGGAGGCAAUGGCGGCGGCGGCGGUGGUGGUAACAACGGAGGCGACAACAACAAUGGUGGCCAGGGAGGCGACCAGAACAACGGUCAAGGUGGUGACCAGGCCCAAGGUGGUGAUCAGAACCAGGGCGGCGACCAGAAUCAAGGCGGCGAUCAGAACCAGGGCGGUGAUCAGAACCAAGGUGGUGACCAGAACCAGGGCGGCGAUCAGAACCAAGGUGGUGACCAGAACCAGGGCGGCGAUCAGAACCAAGGUGGUGACCAGAACCAGGGCGGCGAUCAGAACCAGGGCGGCGACCAGGCCCAAGGUGGCGAUCAGAACCAGGGCGGCGACCAAAACCAAGGUGGUGACCAGAACCAGGGCGGUGAUCAAAACCAAGGUGCUGACCAGAACCAGGGCGGUGAUCCAAACCAGGGCGGCGACCAGGGCGGCGACCAGAAUCAAGGUGGUGACCAGGCCCAAGGUGGUGAUCAGAACCAAGGCGGUGAUCAAAACGGAGGUCAGGGUGGUCAAGGUGGUGGAGGUGGUGGCUUCGGAGGUGGUCGUUUCGGACGCGGCCGCUUUGGAGGUUUCCAAGCUGCUUCAGCAGAUGGUGCUGCCAACAACACAACUACGGACGCAUGA